GCCGCUUGCUCAGCUGUACCUAGUUUGUUUUGGGAGAGAGCGACAGUUGUCUACUUUUUCACGCCGAUACCAGUGUUUCUCAGAAAAAUGUCAUCGCCGCUGUCGAAGCCUCAGAUUAUUACGCAUAUUCAGAAGAGUUUGAACUAUACGGUUUUUGACAGUAAAUGGAUUCCCUGCAGCGCGAAGUUUGUCUGUCUGGGAAACUUUCCUAGUGGAACCGGAGUGAUUCAAAUAUAUGAAGUUCACCAAGGCGAGGCUCAGCUCAUAAAGGAGGUAGAGAAACCUAAAGCUAUAAAGUGUGGAACAUUUGGGGCCACGUCUCUUCAGCAAAGACACAUAGCAACGGGGGAUUUUGAUGGAAAUCUCAAUAUAUGGAAUCUAGAGACCCCGGAUGUGCCCGUAUAUGCUGUAAAGGCCCACAAAGAGAUAGUGAAUAGUAUUGAUGGUGUUGGUGGUCUGGGGAUUGGUGAUGGUGCGCCUGAGAUCGUCACCGGAAGCAGAGAUGGUACAGUAAAAGUGUGGGAUCCGAGACAGAAGGAUUCCCCUGUAGCCAACAUGGAGCCAAUGGAAGGAGAAACCAAGAGGGACUGCUGGACUGUUGCUUUUGGUCAUGCCUUUAAUGAUCAGGACCGCUGUGUUUGUGCUGGAUAUGACAAUGGUGACAUCAAACUCUUCGAUCUGCGGAAUAUGUCUCUACGGUGGGAAACCAACAUUAAAAAUGGGGUAUGUUGCGUGGAGUUUGACAGGAAAGACAUCAACAUGAACAAGCUGGUGGCCACUUCACUGGAGGGAAAAUUCCACGUUUUUGACAUGAGGACCCAGCACCCUACCAAAGGCUUCGCCUCUGUUUCUGAAAAGGCUCAUAAGUCGACGAUUUGGCAGGUGAGACAUUUGCCUCAGAACAGAGACAUCUUUAUGACCACAGGAGGAGCCGGGAACCUACAUCUAUGGAAAUAUGAGUAUCCUGCUCAGAGAUGCAAGAAAGACUCUGAUGGUGUUGACGUAGGUGUAGCUGGAUCUGUCAACCUCUUACAGAAUGUCACUCUGUCUACUCAGCCAAUUGCCAGCCUGGACUGGAGCCCAGACAAGCAGGGCCUGUGUGUGUGUUCGGGUUUUGACCAGUCUGUCCGUGUACUUAUUGUCACUAAACUCAACAUAGUUUAACAACUGCACUGCAUAAAAGACUUUUUGUGAUCUGUGCAGCCUAAUAUGGGAAAAACAAAAAACAAACAAGUAUCUGCAGUGCUGCACCGCCCGUGUGUAAGUCACAGACUUAAUGACAAGCAGUCUUUUAGUAGAAGACACCAAUUUUCUACUACAAGUCUUGGAGACUGCUCAUGUCCUUUUCAAUCAAUACUCCUUUAAAGAAAAAGUAUUUAGAUUAACUGGGAAACUUGAGUUUGGCCAUUUUUCCCCCUCUGUUAAAUGAUAUCCCUAAAAAAUGUGUGUUGUCUGGCUGAGCACUGCAGAUAAUAUUAUCCUUUACUGCAGAGAAAUAUCCCUGUAACGCAAUUAUACAUUUCCUGUAAAGUCUCUAUGUGGAUGAAAAAAUAACUGUAGCCUCUGGCUUGGAAUUACUGUGGGA